CCAACUGGUCCAGUAAGAGUAAGGAGCCACCGCCAGGUCCAAAAAGUUCCCCUUCUCCAGUUCACAAACCUCCAAUUCCACUUCAAUCAGGUUCCCGCUUUGUCACUGCCGGCCUCGCGUCUGCUGUUUCCCACGCGUUUUCGCUGAAAGCUCCCGUUCGUUUCUUGGAACAGGCUCAUUAGCAGCAUCCAUCAUCGCCUUCAUUCGUUUGCCCCCUACCACAAUCAGUCACAAUGGCGACUCCCUCCACCAUCACGCCUUCCAGCCAUGUCGGUUUCGACAGCAUCACCUCGCAGAUUGAGCGCAAGCUGCUGAAGCGCGGAUUCCAGUUCAACGUUAUUUGCGUUGGCCAGACUGGCUUGGGCAAGUCGACGCUCAUCAACACCAUCUUCGCCUCGCAUCUCAUCGACUCAAAGGGUCGUCUGCAGCCCGACGAGCCCAUCCGCUCCACCACCGAGAUUCAGGGGGUCUCUCACCUCAUUGAGGAGAACGGUGUCCGUUUGAGGCUCAACAUUGUUGACACCCCUGGAUACGGAGACCUUGUCAACAACGACCGCUGUUGGGAUCCCAUCGUCAAGUACAUCAAGGACCAGCACUCCGCGUACCUGCGAAAGGAGCUUACCGCUCAGCGAGAGCGAUACAUUCCCGACACGCGCAUUCACUGCUGUCUGUUCUUCAUUCAGCCCUCUGGCCACUCCCUCAAGCCCAUCGAUAUCGUCGUCUUGAAGAAGCUGUCCGAUGUUGUCAACGUUGUGCCCGUCAUUGCCAAGGCGGAUACCCUGACUGUCGAGGAGCGCUUGGAGUUCAAGGAGCGUAUCAAGGCCGAGUUUGCCUUCCACAACCUCAAGAUGUUCCCGUACGAUAACGAGGAGUUUGACGACGAGGAGCGAGCUUUGAACCAGCAGAUCAAGAGCUUGGUUCCUUUUGCGGUUGUUGGCUCUGAGAAGAACAUCAUUGUCAACGGCAAGCAAGUCCGCGGUCGUCAGAACCGCUGGGGCGUCAUCAACGUUGAGGAUGAGAACCACUGCGAAUUUGUCUACCUGCGAAACUUUUUGCUCCGAACCCACCUCCAGGACCUUAUCGAGACCACCUCCCAGAUUCACUACGAGACAUUCCGUGCCAAGCAGCUGCUUGCACUGAAGGAGAGCAGCGCACACGGUGGUGGUGCCGCCAGCAGACCGAUCAGCCCUGCUGCUGACCGUGAGAUGAGCCGAGGCUCCCAGCGAAUGGGCAUGAAUGGAUACUAAGCUUUCGCUCUGUGCUUAAUAUUCGGUUGGUAGGGAGAGCGAUGGCGUCUCUGGGCGGUAACGGUGAUGAGCCAGUCUUGCGAUAUUUUCACCUCGGGAUUGGUGUUGUCCGCAGUAAAGGGAAAAAGCAGUGUAUUUUCUAUUUUGGAGAAGUGAGGAUUGGCUGUCUCGCACCGCAAUCCGGCUCAACAAUGGCCUUGUUCGCAUCGAACAAGGGCACGAGAGGUGAAAGCACUGAGAGACGACAUGCGAUCGAAAACGACUGGGCGCGUAUACCAGCCACGCGAUGUUUAUAAGGGCGGCAUGCACUGUGGCUAUUGUGAGCCUCUCAGUGGCCCGACGCACCUCGCCUACGGUCCUUUUAUACGCCUUUUAUUUUGUCUUUUUUUAGUAGUAUCAUCGGAGCCUUCCUUGACCAUUUUUCUUACGUUUUAAUCAGAUCCCCAUACCUGUACUUCCAAUAUACCUACAGUUAGUUGAGUCGUCUAGGAAGAGAGUGGCAGAGUGUGGAGAGAUAGAGAGAGUAUGAUAUGUUGAUUAAUUUUGCAUUUUCUCUUUG